CAGUUUUCAGUCUGGAAUUUGUUUUGAGCGUCGACGAAACGUUGCGUUAGCGGGCAGCGGUCGAAUGCCAAGCGGGGCAAUUUAUAAAAUACAAAAUAUUUAUAUAAAUCCGAUAUAUUAAUAGGAAUAGAAACGUAAAUAAAAUCCCAGCAGCAGAAGAGAAGAAAUCAAAGAUUCGCUUCGUGUUGCAUUCUGAAUUGUGGUUGUGGUGUGCGUUUCAUAAAACGUGUACGAGAUUUGUGUUGUGUUGUCUUCAGCUGCCUGGAAAUAAGGUCCAACGUAAUUUAUAGUUCUUUAACCUAAACAGUACAUAUAUUUAUAUUAAAUUAUUUAUUGACAUAACUGUACUUCAUUUUUGAAGUAUCGACAAAUUUAAAAGUUAAAAAAUAAAUAAAAACAAAAACCACCCACCAAAAUGUCGAAACCCGUUCCAAUGCCACAUACGGAGACACUCGACGAAAUGCAACAUUUACGCAAACCCGAACCCUUCAAUUUCGCAAAAUUUCUGUAUAAUACAGAGAACGGAACGGUAAUGGGCAGAGAUCGCGCCUCAUGGGCUAAGAUCGGCAUAUUCUAUAUAAUUUUCUAUGGCGUGCUCGGCGCCUUGGUGGCCAUAUGCAUGUGGGCCUUUUUUCUAACUCUGGAUCCGCGCAUACCCAAAUGGAAAUUGGAAAGCUCCAUCAUUGGCACAAAUCCAGGUCUCGGCUUUCGUCCACUGCCGCCCGUCGACAAUGUGGAGAGCACUUUGAUCUGGUACAAGGGCACUCAGUAUGAGAACUACAAACAUUGGACGGAUUCUCUUGAUGAAUUUCUGGAGGUGUACAAGGUCCCUGGCUUGACACCAGGACGUGGCCAGAACAUCUACAAUUGCGACUACAAUCAGCCCCCACCGAGAGGUCAGGUGUGCGAUGUGGACAUCAAAUCCUGGGCGCCUUGCACCAAGGAGAACAACUACAGCUACCACAAGAGCUCGCCGUGCAUUUUCCUCAAGUUGAACAAAAUCUACGACUGGAGGCCAGAUUUCUACAACAACUCACAGACCCUGCCCGCAGACAUGCCCAGUAGUCUGAAGAACCACAUAUCCGAAUUGGAGAAGACAGAUCCAAUCAAGCUAAAUACGAUUUGGGUAUCCUGCGAGGGCGAGAAUCCUGCCGAUCAGGAGAACAUUGGCGUUGUCAAAUACUAUCCGAUUCGCGGCUUUCCCGGCUAUUUUUACCCCUAUCAAAACUCCGAGGGCUAUCUGAGCCCCCUCGUCGCAGUUCACUUUGAGCGCCCAAAGAGCGGCAUCAUCAUCAAUGUGGAGUGCAAGGCCUGGGCACGCAACAUCAAGCAUGAUCGCAAGGACAGAAUUGGAUCGGUGCACUACGAGCUAUUGAUUGAUUAAUUGGCUCGAUAAACUAUAUAUAUAUAUAUAUAUAGCAAGUAAUAGACGCUCGUUUGUCUAAUGUAGAAGGAAAGACAACAAAAACAAAAGAACACCAAAACGAGAAAUCAUAUAAGAAUCAAAGAAAAGAUUAUUCUACCACAACAAAUUACACCGAAGUAAAAAUUAAAGUUAAACAGAGUUAAAUAUAACAGUAAACAUUUUUGGAUACAAGACCAUUUUUGAAUGUAGCUUCUUCUUAUACAAAAUAAAUAAAUAAAUAUAUAUAUAUAUAUAUAUAUAUAUAUAUAUAUAUAUAUAUAUAUAUAACACACAAAAUAAAACAAAAACAUUUAG